GGACGGGGUGGCCCAGAGGGCUACUAACCUGAGGCUGAGAGCCGCGACAGCCCAGCUGCGGAGGAGUCGCUUGGGCCGCUGCGGGUCAGCCUGCGGUCCUGGCCUGCCUCCUUCUGACCGGCGCCCCACACGCAGUGACGGCGCGGGGCCAUCCCCGGGCACGCCCCGCGCCCUCUCAGAGAGCGCUCACAAGCCGGGAACCAACCGCGUUCGCUGGUUCAAUCCGAACGGCCCGACUCCACAUUCUUCCUUUCAUUCCUCGAGCGCCUCGCCUCAGAGCUCGCGGGGACGCUGCGGGGGGACCCGUGCUGAGGCGGCGGCGGCGACGUGGGCUGCGGCGGGCCCGCGGCGUCGGGCGGUGCGGAAGUCGGGCUGGGCGGACGAGCGCGGCGGCGAGGGCGACGGGCGCAUCUACGUGGGGAACCUUCCGACCGACGUGCGCGAGAAGGACCUGGAGGAUCUGUUCUACAAAUACGGCCGCAUCCGCGAGAUCGAGCUCAAGAACAGGCACGGCCUUGUGCCCUUCGCCUUCGUGCGCUUCGAGGACCCCCGAGAUGCUGAGGAUGCAAUUUAUGGAAGGAAUGGUUAUGAUUAUGGCCAGUGUCGGCUUCGUGUGGAAUUCCCCAGGACUUAUGGAAGUCGGGGUGGGUGGCCCCGAGGUGGGAGGAAUGGACCUCCUACAAGAAGAUCUGAUUUCCGAGUUCUUGUUUCAGGACUUCCUCCAUCAGGCAGCUGGCAGGACCUGAAGGAUCACAUGCGAGAAGCUGGGGAUGUCUGUUAUGCAGAUGUGCAGAAGGAUGGAAUGGGGAUGGUUGAGUAUCUCAGAAAAGAAGACAUGGAAUAUGCCCUGCGUAAACUGGAUGACACCAAAUUCCGCUCUCAUGAGGGUGAAACUUCCUACAUCCGAGUUUAUCCUGAGAGAAGCACCAGCUAUGGCUACUCACGGUCCCGGUCUGGGUCAAGGGGCCGUGAUUCUCCAUACCAAAGCAGGGGUUCCCCACACUACUUCUCUCCUUUCAGGCCCUACUGAAACAGGUGAUGGGAAUUUUUUCUUUAUUUUUUAGGUGAACUGAGCUGCUUUGUGCUCAGAAUCUACAUUCCAGAUGAUUUAGUGUCUUAGGAAAUUUUUUUAAUUUUUUUUUUUUAAAGGAGAAAAAAACUACAUAAUUUCUACCGGGGCCAUAUUAGCAGUGAAACAUUUUAAACUGCAGGAAUUGUGGUUUUGGUUCAGAAACAAGUUGUAUAUUUUACACCCCUGAUUAUGGGAAAAAAAAUCAGUGCUGUGUCUUUGUGGGUUGCUCUGCUAUGGAGAUCAGCAGUUACUGUGACUGAGUUGGCCCAUUCUGUUUAGAAAUAUAUUUUAAAUGUUUAGUAA